UCCACAUCCCACAUCCAUCCUUCCCCCUCCAAACCACCCACAAACCACCCACGCGCUCCAUCUCUGCUCACAAACCGCCCACCGAUGGACGACGUCCGUGGGAUGUCUGUCCAGGCCAGACGCAUAUAUACCCCUUGUGUCUCCAUCUACCCCCCUUCCCACCUUCUCUCCUCCUCCUCUCUCUCUCCUCUUUCUAUUCUUCGAUAUGUCCGCUUCUGUCGUCGUCGUCGCUGUCGUCUUCAAGGGUGUCACUACGAGCGUGAGACGGUUACCUCCUUGAUGUUUUGAGUCGUGCUUUGCUUGGUGCCAUUGCCUGUCUGUCUUGUCUUAUCAACCCAAUCAACGACCAGCCAACCAAUCAAUCCAUCAUUCUCACUUCUCUCACCUCACCACCAACCUACCUACCUGUAUCUCCAACCACCCACCUCCCACCCACCUCCCACGACACCACCGCAAACCGCAACCCUGGCUCUCACAUCCCCCCUCCCCCCCUCCACCUGGGGGAGCACGAGCACCACCAGCACCACCAGCACAACCAGCUGGUCCCACCCCGCCCAACCCUACACAAUGGACCUCCGCGGCCUCCUCCAAUCUCACCCCCACCACCACACCUCUCACCAACAGCCAUACGACCACCGCCUCCCCGCGGCGCAACCCUACACCUCCCUCCCCAUCUCCUACGCCUCGCCCUCUUAUAUCGCUAUUGGACACCACCACAAUCACCAACACCACCAGGCGCAGGGCCAGCAGCAGGGACAGGGGAUGUAUGAUUUCCCAUUCUCUCACCCGCAGCAGCAGCAGCAGCAGGGGGAACAAUCGACGUAUCUGAGGCGCCAUCAGGGGUAUCAGAAUCAGAUGCCUACCUCUGCGCAGCAGCAGCAGCAGAGCAGCUAUCCCCAGCAGCAGCAGCAGCUUCCGAGGAGCUAUCAGAGUGGAAACGCCCAGUCGAUGUAUGGGAAGACUACGGCGAUUGCGCCUGCGGGUGAGGGGUGGGGAAAACACCAGCAGCAAGUAGGGGGGUAUCAGCAAUCCCAAAUGCAGACACAGGUGGUGGCGCAGAGUACGGAUGUUGAUGCGUUGAUGCGGGCCAUUCAAGCUAAACCCGCCGGUGAUAACGGCAGCGCCAGCGAAGUCGCAUCAGCUGAGAGGACAAGGGAUGUCAGCGCGGAGAGAGAGAAGAACGCCAGUCGUGGAGGAGGCGCGACGGGGAUGAAGAAUGGUGGAAACGGGAGGGAGGAACCGAAGAAACGGUAUGAAUGCCAUCUUGGGGAGUGUCGGAAGGCGUUCUUCCAGAAGACGCAUUUGGAGAUUCAUAUUAGGGCGCAUACGGGGGCGAAGCCAUAUACAUGCACCCACCCCACCUGCACCCACGCCUUCUCCCAACUCGGCAACCUGAAAACCCAUCUCCGGCGCCACACCGGCGAACGCCCCUUCGCCUGCCCGACCUGCGGCAAAACCUUCGCCCAGCGUGGGAACGUGCGCGCCCACGCUGCUGUCCAUGAUGCGGGGGGGGCGGCGAAGAAGUUUGUGUGUCGACUGGAUGGGUGCGGGAAGUGCUUUACGCAGUUGGGGAAUCUGAAGAGUCAUAUGAAUAAAUUCCAUGUGGAGACGUUGAGGGGGUUGACGGUGAGGUUUGGGGAGAGUGAGAAGCGGGGGAGGGAUGGCGGGGAGGGAGAGGGGAAGGAGGAGGAAGAUGAUCUCCUCGAUUACUUCAGGAGUCUCUACCGCAACGCAAACAAAGGCAUCAAAGGCCGCGGAAAAGGCCGCAAGGUCGCCUCCACCACCUCUACCAGCUCCACCCCACCCUCACUCAGCUCUUCAACCUCCUCCCUCUCCUCCCUCGCCUCCCUCUCCUCCCUCGCCUCCCUCGCCUCCCUCGCCUCCCCCCCUCUCUCGCCUCCUACAUCCACAUCCUCCUACAUUGGCGGUAUUCCCGCACACUACAGGAUGGGAAUGGGCAUGGGUAUGGCGCCGGGGAUGGACGGGAUCGAACUGUUCGACGGGAGCAGUUCUGGGAUUGGGUCUCCCUGCGCUAGUAGUUUGGGGAGUUUGUACGAGGUGGGGGGGACGUAUGAGGAGGAGGAGGGGGGGGAAUUGGCGUUUGGGGAUCGGAUGUAUUGAGGGUCGUGAUGGGUGGGCAUUUUUUUUUACAUACAGGACGG